GUCGGAAAGUGAAAGCUAAAACCCUAAGCCUCUUCCCUCUUCCCUCUUCCCUCUUCCCUCUUCACCAAAGCUGAAAGCCGAAACCUACCUCCCUUGUUCUUUCUUCCUUACGGACUCUGCUAGCCUCGGAGCUUUAUAUCUCUCUUGCCAUACUCUUGCUUCCAGUUUCCUCUGUAGGCUUCUUCUUAUUCUUCUUCUUCUCGGUUCCUGCAUUGAGUUCUUUUUGUGAAAAUAUGAGUUUGAUUUCUCAAAAUGUUGGCUCCAAAAACAGAGUUAAGACUAGAGAGAAGGAGACUAAUGAACCUACAUUUAUGGAAGGAAAUAAAGAGAAUGAAGAAGGAACAGAAUCUGAGUUGGUUAAGUUAAGGGCAAAAAAGAGAAAGAAAGAAAAGCAAGAACAAUUGGAAGCUGAUGAAGGAAGGGAAAUGAAAAGGUUGGAAAACUUUUUGUUUGGAUCCCUAUAUUCCCCUAUUGAAUUUGGAAAGAAUGAGGAGGAAAAGGCCUGUGAUGAGGCUGGGGAUGGUUCUGCUUUGUUCUUUGUGGACCGUUCGGCAAAUAGCUUACUGUCUGUUUAUGAAGACGAUAUGGAAUUCACUGAGAGAAGUGAUGUUGAAGAGGAAACCAAACAACAAAAAGCUGUUUGGGUUGAUGAUGAAGAGGAAAAGACCACAGUUAACAUUGCUACGACUAAUAGAUUAAGGAAACUGAGGAAGGAAGAGGAUGAGAGUUUGAUUUCCGGUCGGGAAUAUGUUGCAAGAUUAAGGGCUCAACAUGCUAAGCUGAAUCGAGGCACUGAGUGGGCCCGACUUGAUUUUCAGUCAAGAAAUUAUAAUGAUGAAUCUUCAGAUGAAGAGAACAGCAUUUUUACAGCACGUGGUUAUGAGUAUGUUGAAGGUUUUGAUGAUAUUCUUCGAACAAAUGAGGACCUUGUAGUGAAGAGCAGAACUAAACUGUUGCCUGGGCUUCUUGAGUACUCAAGACUUGUGGAUGCAAAUGCUCAGGAUCCAUCCAAUGGUCCAAUAAAUUCUGUUCAGUUCCAUCGGAAUGCACAGUUGCUGCUUGCUGCUGGAUUGGAUCGAAGGCUGAGGUUUUUUCAGAUUGAUGGGAAACAUAAUACAAAAAUACAAAGCAUUUUCAUUGAUGAUUGCCCUAUCCGCAAGGCAUCUUUCUUACCUGAUGGUUCACAGGUUAUUAUAGCAGGAAGAAGAAAGUUCUUUUACAAUUUUGAUUUAGUGAAAGCUAAAGUUGAUAAAAUAGGCCCCCUGGUUGGCAGGGAGGAGAAGAGCUUGGAGGUUUUUGAGGUAUCCCCUGAUUCGAGUACAAUUGCUUUUGUGGGGAAUGAAGGUUAUAUCCUAUUGAUAUCAUCCAAAACGAAGGAACUCAUUGGAACACUAAAGAUGAAUGGAACUGCUCGUUCUUUAGCUUUUGCUGAUAAUGGGCAGCAAUUAUUGAGCCAUGGAGGUGAUGGGCAGGUGUACCACUGGGAUUUGAGAACAAAGAUGUGCAUCCAUAAGGCUGUUGAUGAAGGUUGUAUAAAUGGCACGGCUCUUUGCACUUCCCCAAAUGGAAACUUUUUUGCUGCUGGCUCGGACAGUGGGAUAGUGAAUGUUUACAACAGAGAGGAGUUUUUAGGUGGGAAGAGAAAACCAAUAAAGGCAAUUGAGAAUUUGACCACUAAAGUGGAUUUUUUGAAAUUUAAUAAUGAUGCUCAGAUAUUAGCCAUUUGUUCACACAUGAAGAAGAGCAGUUUAAAGUUGAUACAUGUCCCAUCAUUUACCGCGUUCUCUAACUGGCCUCCAGCCAAUAAGAGUCUACAUUAUCCCCGCUGUUUGGAUUUCAGUCCUGGUGGAGGUUUCAUGGCUGUAGGAAAUGCUGCUGGGAAAGUAUUGUUAUACAAGUUGCAUCAUUACAAUCAUGCGUAGAGCAAAUAUGUGUUAUUUGUCUGCUGAUCCUCUAAUCGUCGUAUCCCGUGUCACCUUAUAUGAAGCUUCAUGUUUAUAACGCUAAAGGUGAUUCAGAUAAAUUAUUCAUUUUUCGUUGAGGUGUUGAGUUAUUGAGGUUCCAUGAGGGUUGGCAAAUGGAAAAUGUCUUUUAUUUUUGCAUAAAGCUGUUUGUCGUGAUCUGAGUUUUCAAUCUUUCAGUUAUACAUCCUUCAACUAAGUUUUGUUUCCAUAGUUGGUGAUUGCAACAUUAUUAGGUUUUUCUGGCAUUAGCUUUAGUUGCUUAAGGGUUUUCCGCAAUAUUUAUAUUUUUUUAUUAUUAAUGAUGUAACUACAAUGUUGCUUAUCAGGCUUUUGGAUGAAAUGUUGCUAUUUGAUGAAAAUCUAGUGCUAUGGACCAUUGUUGUCCUUGAUAGCU